AUGGCCCAAAAUACUGACCAGAUUUCGCAGGAGUUGAGGACAUCCGGCUAUCGAUUCGACGUGUUGAGGUCGCGUCUCACCCAAAACACCGCCUGGCUCCACAGCAAGUACCCGCCGACAUACUCCGACCGCCAGUGGGAGUCGGCGAUCGGAGUCGUUGAACGCAUUGUCGACAAGGACGCACGCUACGUCAACGCACAUUACUACAUCGCUAUACCGCCAUCAGGGGACGAUCCUCUUCACCCACCGUUCUUGAUCUCUCCCCGGCUCAAUCCGCACCCAACCGGAAUCUACGACUUCAUCGAUUUCACCCUCGCGAGUUUCCUCAAGUCAAUUACCCACGAAGAAAUGCACUCGCAAUCCAAGAAGUGGGUCGCUCCAGGUGUUAAGAAGCAGGAGCGUAUACGCCGCACCAAUUUCGCGAGAAGCAAAGUCUGCAAGGAUUCGGUCGCCUGGCCACGCGACUACGACGUCGAGGAGCAUCGUGCCCUGUACGCCGACGAUGUCCGCAAGCAGAUGCAGAAGAAGGGAGAAAGGCGCGUGAAGGAGUUGAGAGACCGGGAGCGUCUUGGUCUACCAGAGUUCCCUGACGCGGUCAAGCCAGCUAUGGGAGGCAAGGAGUUGGGAAACAACCGCUCGGCCGUCCUAUCCCAGGAGACGGUGUUCACGAAAGAGUUCGAGAAGGAUCGCCGCGACCGUGACUUCUUCCAGCAUCCGGAGAGAGUGUACAAGGACGUCGCAGACUGGCCAUGCCGCGAGGAGGCGAAGUACGAAGGCGACGACCGGAUCUCAACUGAGCGCAUCCACGGUCGUUUCCUGGGUCUUCCUCGUGUCCCAGGAAAUAACACUGUCAACUGGAUGCAGAGAUCCGUCGUCAAGCAGUACUCGUUCGACGAUCACUACCAGAAGCUCAACGAGCACGACGUCUUCUGGCGCUACAACAACGUCGACGAGAUCGAGGUCAACGACAACACCGGCGCUGAGCUCGUCGGCAACGAGCUGAUGGGCAUGCUCGACGAGUGA